AUGGGUUUCACUAAUUUCACCUCCGACGCUGGUCUUAAGCAACUCAACGACUACUUGACUGACAAGUCUUUCAUUGAAGGUCACUCUGCCAGCCAAGCUGACGCUGUCGUCUUUAAGGCUGUUGGUGCCGCCCCCAACGCCGAGAAGUUCCCUAACGCUGCUCGUUGGUAUAAGCAAAUUGCCACCUACGACGUUGCAACCCUCCCUGGUACCGCCAAGGAGCUCUCUGCUUACGGCCCUGCUGAGGGUGCCGCUGCUGAGGAGGAUGACAUCGAUCUUUUCGGCUCUGACGAGGAGGAUCCCGAAGCUGAGCGUAUCAAAUCUGAGCGUGUCGCUGAGUACAAUAAGAAGAAGUCUAAGAAGCCCAAGGCCAUUCAAAAGUCUCUUGUUACUAUGGACGUUAAGCCCUGGGAUGAUGAGACCCCUAUGGACGAACUUGAGAAGGCUGUCCGUGGCAUCCAAAUGGAUGGUCUCUUGUGGGGUGUCUCUAGACUUGUUCCCGUCGGUUUUGGUGUCAACAAAUUCCAAAUUAACUUGGUUGUUGAAGACGACAAGGUUUCUUUGGAAGCUCUCCAAGAAGAACUUGAAGGUUUGGAGGACUAUGUCCAAUCCACCGAUGUUGCCGCUAUGUCCAAGUUGUAA